CAAAGUUCAAUCAAACACACGUGAGAAUGUUUUGAUUUGAUCUCAAAAAAUGUUCUCAACUCAUUCCAAUAACAAUUUUAAGUGUAACUAUUCACAGAAUACUAUGAACCAGUCAGUAGAAUAUAAUUUGUGUUUUGGUAUUUGAAGAUAAUUUAACUGUACGGCUACCUGUCCGAAUCAGACCAUUAUAUUAUAGGGGAAGCAUUUACCUACCCAUUCAAGAAACUGUUGCCUCCAAAAGCUGAAGCUUAAACCGAAGUCGAAACCACUAUCAGGACCGAAGGUACAUUUCUUGAUUUUCCGUAGCUAGAUCAAAAUGGAGGAGGAACGUUUUGUUGACUAUUAUAAGGUAUUAGAAUGCGACAGAACAGUUACAGUUGAUGAAUUAAAACGGAAUUACAAGCGUUUAGUUCUGUCUUCGCACCCAGACAAGAGUGAUAAUCAAAGUGAUGAGAAUUUUCUUCUGAUACAGAAAGCGUGGUCUGUUCUAAAGGAUCCUUUGACCAGAAAACAGUAUGAUGCUAUGUUGUCAUGUCAUGAGAACAGUGAAUCUUUGUUGUAUGACUCUAUAUCUAUUAAAGAUAUGGAAUUUGACUCAAGUGAAGGGCUUUACAUGUAUCCUUGCAGAUGUGGUGGUACAUAUGUGUUAGACUGUAAGACAAUGACUUCUAAGGUCAUAAUUGGAUGUGAUGAGUGCUCCUUUUCCAUACAAGUUGAGAAACCAUUAUGAUAACUGGUACCUGUGAACUUUUUUUA